CACGCUGACAAGCAUGAACAACCUCGCCCACACUUGGCAGCGUAUGGGAAUGGUAUUGGAAGCUACUCAAUUAAUGCGCGAAUGCGUCCGUCUAAGACAACAUAAGCUGGGCUUAAAUCACUCACAUACGAAGGCUUCUAUUUCUACUUUGGACGACUGGGUUAGCCAGCUCCAAAUUUGAUUACGGAUUUGCUGAGAUUGACUUUGUUGUAGUAUUCAUUGGUUCCGAAG